AUGACCUCCGCGCAAGAGGGCGGCGUCGUCGCCAGCGGCAAGAUCACCGUGCCGCUCUGCGUCUCCACCUUCAGCUUCUUCGUGAACGCCAAGCCUGGCGUCGUGCUGACCGCCACCCAGACGUUCCAGAUCUACAGCGGCGCCAUCACCGCGUGGUCGGGCGUUCCCGGCGCGGCCGGCAAGAUCGCGGGCGCCAUCACCGCCGUGGGGCGCAGCGACAAGUCCGGAAGUACCGCCAUUGUGAAGACCAUGUGGUCUAAGGCCGUGUCGGGUUACUCUGGCGGCACGGACGGCACGGCCAUGACUUACGCUGGGGUUACCAAGGUGGAGGGCACGAGCGCCGUGUGCGCCGCCGUGCUCAAGACCAAGGGCGCCAUCGGUUACGCAUUCACCGGCGGAUGCAGCGUCGUGCCUUACAACGCCAGGAAGCCCAACAACCCGAAGCGCGUGAUCGCCGCGCUCAAGAACGCCAAUGGCGUCGCCGUCGGGCCGCCCUCGUGGACCCCCGGGACGGCGCUUGUCGGCGCGCCUCCCGCAGCCGACGGGUCCUGGAGCAGCGUGGACUUCAUCUGGAAGGCCGGAGCCAAGACCCCUGCGAUGGUUUCCAUGGAGUUUGGGUUCAUCCGCAAGUCGCUGACGGGCGUGACUGGCGGGAAGAUCGCCAAGGCGUUCAUGCAGUUCAUGAUUGGGAAGCUGGCAAAGGGUGGGUAUGGGUUCAACGCGGUGCCUGCUGCCUCCUCCACCCCCCGUUCCAUUCCUCUUUCCCUCCUGCAGCUCUCCUUCGGGAGGGUAAAACGGGGGAUGGAGGGAGGUGAGUGGGGUGAAUGA